CGUCCUGAAGACCCCGAAAGCCCUUCCCGCUCCCUCGUCUCUCCACCGCCAUUUCCGUUUCGCCCAACGCAAGGCGAAUCCCGGCGCAUGCUACUAGCGGCGACGCGUUCUAAGGGUCUUCUUGGGCGGCCGCUGGGGUUCCGAAGCUUCCCUCUCCCACAUUCUCCCGCCCUCCAAGAACCCUGACGUAGUUAUGCACAUCCUCAGGGUCUUUUAGGGCUAGGGUUGGGGUUUCGGAGCUUUCGUCUCGCUACUUUUCCAUCGGACAUUUCGUAAUCCUUCUCUUUUCUUGAUUGAGUUACUUGAGGGUGACGAUCGGCGUUAGGAUUCUCACGGUUCGUAGGUCUGUUUCGUGAUCGCCUUUCGGUCACUGGUUCUGGUUUUCUUGGUGCGGUCCACCAUGUCCGAUGACAUAGCCUUGUAACUGCCUUCGAAUUCGCGUUCCUCCAAUCCGCCCCUCCCGACGAAGCUAGCCAAGUUGGAGGCUCGCAUGGCUGGGAAGAGCACUUCUUCGCUUACAGUUCAAACAGCACGGCCGCCUGCACCUCCACCUCCGACGAGGUUCCCAGAACAAGAGGAAUUGCUGGACUCAUCAUCUGAUGACGAUAAUGGUGGCAAGUUCUUGAUACGACACAACACUCAGAAACGGCAGAAACUUCAAGAGGAUGACGAUGAUAUUGAUUUUGAGAAAUCUGAGGAAACAACAAAAGGAAGGUUACAACCAUCGGAGAAUUUCGAGAUCAGACGAAAUUUGGAUGACUCAAAGAAGAAAAAACAGGGUCGUGGUAGAGGUCGUCCAUCAGCAGGCAGGGGUCGUGGUUCAAAAACAGUUGAUCAAAUGCAUUCAGUCUCAACUCCCUCCAAGUGUUCCUCAAAUGGGCAGCUAGAGAACCCCUCAUACAAGGAAAACUGGUCAAAAAUGUCACUUGGAAAUGAUGAGAGUGUUGCUUUGGAGGAGGAUAUAUCUGUAUUACAUGUCAAAGUUGCCACCUUGGAGGAAGAGUUAAAUAAGUCACGCCAAGAAGCAUCUGACUAUCUUUGUCUUUCUCAGCAGUUGGAAAAGGAACUAAAAGAGCUCAAAGAUCAUGGCCAAAAGAUGGAGACAAAGUGGAUUAAGGUGCUAUCCGAUCUACAGAUAGCAGUCUCGAAAGCAGAGAGGCAAAAAUCAAGGAUGAAGAUACAACAAGAAUCUCUUAGGCUUGGAAAUAUUGGUGUUAUCAGAACUGGAACCAUUAUCUCUGAGGCAUGGGAGGAUGGUCAAGCACUGAAGGUUGUUAAUUCUCAUCUUAGAUCUUUACUAGAGACGAAAGAAUCCAUUGAGAGGUACCGGAAAUUACUUAAGAAACGACAAUCUGACAAGGGUGAUGGCAGUGACAUGGAAACUACCAUGUCAGAUGAAGAUUUCCAAAUACAAGAAGAGAUUUGUAAAUCACGUCUGGCAAGCAUCAAACGUGAGGAAGAAACUUAUCUGAAAGAGAAGGAUCGUUAUGAGCUGGAAAAGGCACGGCUCAUAUGUGAAAUGAAGCGGAUACGAGAUGAGGAUGAUUCACGCUUUAACAAUUUCCCAAUUGUUAACAAACGAUAUGCUUUCCUCAACCUUCUUGGGAAAGGAGGGUUUAGCGAGGUCUACAAGGCAUUUGAUCUGGUGGAGCAUAGAUAUGUUGCAUGUAAGGUUCAUAGUUUGAAUCAUCAGUGGAGAGGAGAGAGGAGGCAAAGCUACAUAUGCCACGUAGUUCAUGAAUACAACAUACAUAAGACUUUGGUGCAUCCUCAUAUUGUGCGGCUAUGGGAUGUCUUUGAGAUUGACCACGACAGUUUCUGCACUGUCUUAGAAUAUUGCAGUGGGAAAGAUCUGGAUGCUGUCCUUAAGAGAACACCAACACUUCCUGAGAGGGAAGCUAGAGUUAUAAUCGUUCAAAUAUUUCAUGGGCUUAUCUACUUGAAUAAAGGGCCUCUAAGAAUAAUCCAUUAUGACUUGAAGCCUGGUAAUGUUCUCUUUGAUGAGGUUGGUGUAGCAAAAGUCACUGAUUUUGGCCUAAGCAAAAUAGUGGAAGAUGAUGCUGGAUCUCAGGGUAUGGAACUUACUUCCCAAGGAGCUGGAACAUACUGGUACUUGCCUCCAGAAUGCUUCGAGAUUAGCAAAACACCACUAAUAUCAUCAAAGGUUGAUGUUUGGUCAGCUGGUGUAAUCUUUUACCAAAUGCUUUAUGGUAGACGGCCCUUCGGACAUGAGCAGACCCAGGAGAAAAUUCUUCGUGAAGACACCAUAAUCAAUGCACGAAAAGUUGAAUUUCCUACCAAGCCAUCUGUUUCAAGUGAAGCAAAGGAACUGAUUCGCCGGUGCCUGACAUAUAAUCAAGCAGCAAGACCUGAUGUUCUAACCAUUGCUCAGGAUCCGUACCUAUCCUGUUCCAAGAGAUAGAAAUAUGUAUAUUUGCUAGUCAGAGAGAUGAUAUUGUAUUUAUUGUUGUAAAGCUAUCUUCCCAUCUUUGCUUCUCUGUUGUGUAAAUGUUGUGAAAACCUUUUUUGAUUCAACCUCAUGAAUCACAUUUUUCAAUAGAGAGACUAA